AUGGGCUGCCUGCAGAGCGUGGCGUGCAAGGCGCGGGUGCGGCGGGAGCAGAUCGUGGUGUCCGACGUGUCCGCCACCAUCGAGCCGGCCGCCACCGCCAUCGAGGAGAGCUCGCCCGUGGUGCUGCGCUACCGCACGCCCUACUUCCGCGCCUCCGCCCGCGUCCUCAUGCCGCCCAUCGCCCGGCGCCACACCUGGGUGGUGGGCUGGAUCCAGGCCUGCAACCACAUGGAGUUCUACAACACCUACAGCGACCUCGGCGUGUCGAGCUGGGAGCUGCCCGACUUGCGAGAAGGAAGAGUAAAAGCCAUCAGCGAUUCUGAUGGGGUGAGCUACCCCUGGUACGGAAACACCACGGAAACGGUGACCCUGGUCGGCCCCACGAACAAGAUCUCCAGGUUCUCGGCGCUGCGCUCCCUCCCGUGCCCGUCUCUAUUUAUCGGCCCGGCCUCCCGGUGUCUUUCUGUUCGGCUCGCGCUGUGUUUGAUGUUGCCAAUUUCCGGAGAUGGUGAUAAGAGCAAGGACGUGCGGGUGUCACUACGGAGAAAAGAGAAAAUCAGGUAUUCUGCUGCCGUGUGGGGAAAAUCGGAAGGAAGAGGAGACGAAAGCUGGUUUUGCAGAGUGCCUUAAACACAAAUGACUUUACCGAGUAGGGGGGCUUGGACUUCUGUCUUCGGAUGUUAACGCAAACUCGAACAAAUGUUGCAUUUCACUUCUCUGGGAUUAAAAGAAAAACGUUCGAUCUGUACUGGAACCCAAGUGUUCUGUCUGCUUCAGUAAGUCUGGCUGCCUCGGGCUGGCAAGCUCUCGAGGAGCAGAGGGAUGCUGCCUCUGUCCCUUAGGCAAUCAGAUCAAGGGGAGAGCCGUGUGCCACGCUCCUGCAAGAAACCCAGGAGCUCUCGUAGCUUGCGGGUACCUUGGGAAGUUGUCAAGCUUGGUAAGGCUGAGAAAAUGCCCAGAGAAAGGAUGUUUCCCCUUUGGG